UGAGAACACCAGCAUUUCCCCAGGAAAGUCUAGAACUUUCUCAACCUGCCCAGGGGCCUCUAAAACCUGUGACAUCUCACCAAGAAACCGUGGAUACUUCUUUUUCAACAGAGUUUCAGGGACUGUCCCUUUGUGCAGAAGGGGACAUUAUUCCUACCCCUCCUCAUGAAGAUGGAUGGAGAAAUUUCUCUUAUCUCAAAAAGAGCCCUAGACGUUUGAAAUCUAACCAAAGGAUAUUGAAACAUGUCCCAAUUCCUGAAAGGGAUAUCAGAUACUGCCUUUCAGAACUUGAUGCCUUAAAAUGUAUCUCUUCUGCCGUAAGUAGCCUCACAUCUUCCAAGUAUGCAGAAAAGGAAUCCAGUCCUACCUCUACUCCUCAAAGGAGCAUCUCCCCCUUAAAAUCAUCUCAAUUGAGUUUCAGAUCUAGUAUCCUUUGUAAAAAAGGGCUCAGUCAUUCUCCUCCUCCAGGAGAUUGCCCCACACCUUCUAAAUGCGGAAAACAAGACCAAGCCCUUCCUCUGUAGAUCAAGAGGGCCUGAAAUCUGUGUGCUCAAAACAUGCGGGCUGCAAACACUGCCAUUCUUCCAAAAUUUGGGUAAGAGAUUGCAAAUUUAAGAAAGAGGUGUAAAGCUUAAAACUAUGACUAACAUAAACUUCGCCACUUCUGAUUCUGCUAAAGGAGCCUGCAGAUGCUCACCAUCUCAUGAGGUGGGCCUCAGAAGUCCCCUACCAAGCCAAGGCAUUCACAGACCAUCUAAGUCUACUGAAACCCCAUCAGAAAAAGCCCCUUCUGACCAAUGGGACACCAAAGCUUCCAAUUCAGAGCAUGAGGUUGACAAGCCAUCUUCCAUCCUUACAGAAGAGUUCAUGCGAACCACUCUUUCUCAUGAAGACAGCCUCAGGCAUCACACCUUCCUCAUGAGAUUCCCAGACACGCUACUUCUACCAAAAGAAAACAGAGGAAAGCCUCUGUUUCCCAAGGAGCCCUGCAAACUUCCCCUACAGAUCAAGAAUGCAUUGAGUCAUCUCCAGAUGGAGACAGUCCCCAUAGAGGUGUGCAACACUCAUCAUCACCGCAAGAGGAUAUCAGCCAUUCUUUUUCUACUAAGGAGGACUCAAAACAUAUUCCUAAUGUCCAAGAGGGAGAGACAACUUCCAGAAGUGCAAAACGGGAGCCCAUAGCUUUUGUGCCUAUCCUAUGGGCAUUCAUACCUCCAAAAGGGAGUACCACAUUCCCUUUUGGAACAUUCCCUGUUAUGCGAAGAUAUGACAGACAUACAAUAUCUCAAGCAGAGGAUGUGGUACCUGCUCUCUCCUGUCCUUGGAGAGACCCAUCAUUACAAUAUGAAUUUGGGUUCCCCCUUUGUGACCAUUCUGUCCUAGGAGGCCACAAAUAUACACAUCAUUUGAAAAUCAAUCUCAACAGGAUCGCACUGCAAAAGGGGAGUUGUAGUUCUUUCCUCUCCCCUAAAGGAGGUGUCGGACCUUCUCAAUCAGACCAAUGUGGACUCAGACUUUCCAGUUCUCACCAAAGGGACACAUGCUUUGUGAUCCCUGUUUCAGAAAGGCUCAGAAUGCUUCAGGCUGAAAUAGGUGGCCCCUCAAAUGCUCCAUCUAA